UUUUUUGGUAAAAAAUGAAAUGUAUAUCUUAAUGGCCCUAAAAAUAGACCACUUUGUUUAUGAACAAAUAUAAUUUCUUCUUUCUUUCUGUAUGUUUGGGGUGAAAUAUGAGAUUCUCUGGUUCUCGUGUGUGUGGCAUUGCAGAUAUAACAUCAGUGAUGAGCGAAACGCAGCUGCUUUAAUCCCAGAAUUCCUUCAGCUGAUGUCUACAGAUGUAAAGCACAGCGGUGCAGACGGCUCAAAACCAGCUUAGCAGAGCUGUGUGUGACGAGUGUAGCGUGUAGCAGCCGCCGUGUGUGUGUGUGUGUGAAUCUAGCGUGAUCUGGUGCUCGGUGUCGUGUGCUUCUUCACUGUUUCACUGUGUGUUCGUGCUGACGCUGGCUCUGAGUGUGUAGCGGCAGCCAAUCACGCGUGUCUCCUGUAAACCACACGAUGCUGUGCUCAUUAAUAAAUGUAUCUUGUAAAACAUGAUAGACGCAUCCGAACUGACUUUUCUCUAAUAAACAUCCUGUUUGAACUGCUUCUGUGACCUUUGACCUUUUUUUUUUACAAUUCCUCUGUCACCUGUCAGGUAGCUCCUUCCACUGUUACCACGGUUACCGUGGAACCUGUUUAUAACGGGCUGUGUCUGUCUGUCUUGUUGCCUAGGCAACAGCUGCCCUGAGUUCCACCCCGCCGGACAGAUUAAAGAGAUUCAAAGGCACGGUGGGCGGGGCAAGUCCGGCAGAGGCCCCGCCCCCUCUCCUUCCCCCCAGCAGAGGAUGGCGCUGCUGUCACAGGAGCCGCUGCGGGAAUCUCUGGACAUCCUGACGUCUGUCGAGUACAGCAGAUGUGAGCUGCAGCCUCGGCCCAGCCGGAUCCCGGUGCGGAGAGAGCCUCCUCUGACCGAGACGUCCAGCCUGAGAGUGUGGAAACUCCUCAAACCCGGCGUCGAGAAACACCCGGCGGGUCAGAGUCGCUCUUUUCACCCUGGGUCAUAUCUGAGGCACACAUUCCAAGCCUCGGAAUGAUCAAAAUGUGUUUUCAUUUCAGUGUAAUUGUAGAAACG